UUAACUCGUUUAACCCGGCAGUGAAUCCACUGAAGAAAUAUCCAUGUUAACGUAAUACUUCUGUUGAAUUUUUUGGAAAGCUUAUUGAAAACAACAACAACAAAAACCGUUCAGCUGCUUUUUGGCAGCACUUCUCAUGAAAAUGACAGAGAAAAACAACGCUGUUGGGCCACGAGUUACUGAAGACGAUGUUCGACUUCUGAUGAAAAGAAAAGAUGACAUUGAAGAGCAAAUUAAAGCAUACAGCGACAUGCUCAAAACCGAAGGUGUAGGCAUGGACGGUCCUCUGGUUGAUGUGGAAGGCUUUCCUAAUGCAGAUGUGGAUUUGUACAAGGUCCGAACAGCAAGGCACAAUAUCUCUUGUUUACAGAAUGAUCACAAGGCUAUCAUGGUGGAGAUCGAGGAGGCUCUUCAUAAGCUGCAUGCCUCAGCAAGGAUCAAACCUGAGAAAGAUGAGACAAAGAUGGAAGCCACUGAGUCGGCUGUGUCUCUUUCAGCUCCGUUUGCACUUCUGGACGCCGUCACACAGGGCUCUCCUGCUUCUCAGGCCGGUUUGCGAGUCGGUGAUGAGAUUAUAGAGUUUGGGUCUGUAAACACACAAAACUUCAGGAAUCUGCACGACGUCGCUUCUGUUGUCCAACACAGUGAAGGGAAAUCCCUGCGUGUUGGAUUGCUUCGAAGUGGACUAGAAAUGCAUCUUAAUUUGACUCCGAAGCAAUGGUCUGGUAGAGGACUACUAGGGUGCAACUUGGUACCUCUCCACAGAUGACCAGUGAAGGACGAGGAUCUUCUUUAUGCCAAACAUCACACCUUUUUUGCAGUGUUAACUUUAAUUUGGCUUUUGUGUUCAUUGUAAAAUUGAGUUGAGUAAAUAAAUGACCAAGAAGAAAUGACGGACUAUUCAGUAUCAGACUCAUCAAGGAUAAACAGAGAAUUUAUUAGCAAGGUUUCACUUAGCCUUUUCUCCUUUUAAAUUUCUUGCAUCCAUUUUUAUUUAAAAUUUUUGUUCGAAAAUUGGUGCAUCGUGGAACAAAUGCUGGCAAGAGGAUGAUUUUAAUGUUCGCAGCUGAAUGGUGAGACCAGAGUCAUUCUGAAGGGCCUGGGGUACAGUUUCGUUACAGUUGAUUAGAACAAGAAUUAUCCUUUUAAUGUUUGUGAUAAACGUAUUAUAGUGUCUCAAUCGUUCAUUUUUAUUAUAUGCAAAUCAGAUUAAAAACUGACUUUGAAACCUUU